AUGUCUGACCAAGGGGCAGCUAAUCCUCUUUUCAAUCAACAGUUAAAGGAAUUUAAAGAGAGUCUUUUACCAGACAUAGUUGAAAACUGGGAAAACCUUGAUAUUAAUACUCAGACUGAAAUGGCCAAGAUGUCAUCUUUCUUUUGUAAAAUGCACAUAUUUGUAAACAUGGCUAGUGAGGUUGACAAAUGUUUACAGGUUUUUGAAAGCAACGUUUGUAAUGGAAAAAACCCAUUUGCAUUUCAGUGGAAGGAGAGUGGUGCUUCUCGUCUGACUAGGACAGCAAGCAAAGCCCUAACUCUUCAUGGGUGUGAAAAGUCUGGUGUUGGCCAGCACUUUCGCACUCAUCUGAAAGAAAGAGAUAUUGAUAAUAAGCUAAUUACAUUUAGAGGUCAUAGAUUUAACCACUUGUUUUAUGCUGCUGGGGCAACUUAUCAUCAUUUAAAUGAUAUCAUUGACUUUAUGGAAAGCUGGGCAGAUCCAAUUGAUUUAUUAAAAAGCAUUUCUUUUGAUGUCAGAGAAAAAGCUUUUGCAAGUGGCAUAAGGGCACUGGGAAUAAAUGACAAAUUAAUUACAGGUCCUUUUUGGAGAAUUAUUGAAACAUCAAAAAAUAUCUUAGAUUUAAACCCAACUCUUUGCCACUUGCAAAAAAAACAUCAGGAAUUGUCUGUUGAUGCAUCUCCACUUUUAGCUGGUGAAUUGGUAUUUGAAGGUGUGGAGGUGCAUCAAGAUUCUAUUUUUGAUUCAUUGUUGAAGGAUACUGGUGAUCCUGUAUCUGAAAUGUAUACACAGAUGGCAUUAGAGCUUUGUAUAGGUGGUAUGCUUCUAAUUCUAGAAAGGCAAGCUAAAGACCAACUGCCUGGUGGGAAGUUCUUUGAACCAUCUUUUAGGGAUCAAAUCCAUGGUAUUUCUGUACCUACAACAAAUACAUGCUCAGAGAGAGAUUUUGCCCAACUUGACAUGUUGGUAAGGCUAAAACCUUCUGCUACAACUGUAGCAUAUGAAUCUAUAAUUAUGUGGUCUAACAACAAAACAUCAAAUUGGCUUUCAAAACUAUCAGACACUGAUAGAAACAAGAUUAUAGAUGAUGCUAGGGUUAGUGCCCCACAUAUGAUUGAGUCAUUUAAAACACGACAACAAAUUCUUUUCAAUAAAAAACUUGAAAUUCUAAAAGCAAAGAAAGAAAAAAAGGCAAAUAAAGAAAACAAAGAGUACACACAAAAAGUGAAAUUAACUGGUCAAUUAAAUGAGCUUGGUGGUAUGUGGGUAACCCAACAACAAAUAGAGUGCUACAAGGUUCAAAUAGAAGAAAAACCCACAUAUAAUGUAUUGUUUAAAGAAGCUUUAAUAGCACAACUUCAAUUUAGAAAGCAGGUCAUUAAAAGCAAAGGGCCUAAGGAGUUAUAUCAACAGUCAUGUAAAGGGAAACAAUAUUCAAUUCAACAACUUGAAAGCAAUUUGAAAGAAGUUAUUGAAUUAAAUAAACAAAAUGAAAAUGUAGCUCCUGUUGAAAAUAAACUUCAAUAUUUAUCUUUAAAUGAAGUUAAUGAUAAUAUUAGCAAGGCAAAGCAAGCUUUAGCACAUAAGUUGAAUAUGGAAAGAAAAAAAAUAACCGUUAGUCAGCAAAGUUAUUUUUUACCCAAAUUCAUUGAAACCCCAGAGCUUCUUGUUGGAAAAACUUUUCAGCAAAAAUGCAAAGAGGAGGAUUCAAAUGAAAUUUCAUGGUGUUCUGGUAAAGUCUUAUCAAUACAUAAAUUAAAUGGUAAAAAAACAGAAUAUCUUGUAAAAUAUAACAUCGAUGAAAACGAUGAAUGGCAUUUUUCCUUUGUUGGUUGA